UCUAGUCAACUGUUCAAGGUUUCGAAGAAGAUUCUAAUAAACGUAUCAGGAGAAGUGCUUCGAUAACAAUAAGCUAUCGAUGAAUCUUGUUUGUCAAUCACAUGACUUUGUUUUGUGUUCAUAGUAGCUACGGUUAAGUAUUUUUAUAUUCAGGGUUUUGGCUGGUAUAGGUGCACGUUUGGUUACUAGCUAUCUAGCAAGCUGCUAAUUUAUCGCCUUCCAACUAUCACAGCUACGUUUAGCAGGCAUUCCAUGUCAACUUUCACGAGUAGAUAUGGAACACCCAUGCAAUAUUUUUGAGGAUUUGGAACGAUAUGUCGUGAAAGACGCUCCACCAACGGUUUACUACAUUCCAGAUUUCAUAACAGAGGAUGAGGAGUCUCAACUAUUACAACAGGUGUAUAAGGCACCAAAAACUAAAUGGACACAGUUAUCCAACAGAAGGCUUCAGAACUGGGGUGGGCUGCCUCGUCCGAAAGGGAUGCUUGGAGAGAAGCUUCCUGAUUGGCUCCUGAAGUACUGCGAGAGAAUAUCUGCUCUUGGUGCAUUUGCUGGGAAGACUGCCAAUCAUGUGCUGGUGAAUGAAUACAAGCCAGGGGAGGGAAUAAUGCCCCAUGAGGACGGGCCUCUGUACCAUCCCACAGUGACAACCAUUAGCUUGGGCUCCCACACAUUGCUGGACUUCUACAGGCCCAUCAGCGCCCAGGAGCUAGAUGAGGUGCCACAGACUGAGGAGAGCCGCUACCUCCUGUCUCUGCUGGUGCGGCCGCGGAGCCUCCUCAUCCUCCAGGACGACAUGUACCAGCGCCUCCUCCACGGCAUCCAGGGGACGCACCACGACUCCCUCACUGAAAGGGUGGCCAACCUGCUCACUGCCGGGGUCCUGCCAGGGGCCACAUUAACCCGAGGCACCAGGGUGUCCCUCACCGUGCGUCACGUGCCCAUAGUCAUGAGGGCCAAUCUGCUCCUGGGCAGGAAAUGACAAGAGGAAGUGACAUUUGAGGACUUGGGAAAAAAUUGACACCAUGAUACAGACUGACUUGAUUAUGUCAUUCAUUGUCUGCCAAGGAAAAGUUUAAAUGGGAUCCUUGGGAUGUCCCAAAUUUCAAACGGGUAUGGUUGUUGCAGUGGAUAUAUUACCGCCACACCGGCAGUCAUUAGUCAUGGCUGCAGUAAAGUUCCACAUGACAACAGUCACGGUAAUCUCCUCUGUGUUCUGGACAUGCGUUGGAGCAGGGCCUUAAAUGUGUAAUUCACUAUCCACGUUGGCAGGUGGUAAUACUCAGGGCUCUACAGUGUGAGCAUUUCAUAAAAAUAUUCAAGUAUGGGCACAAGUGCCAGUUGUGAUUUAUACCAAAAUAAAUGCCAUUUUGUUUUAUAUCUGGUAAUGCACAAUGAAAUCUGAAUCCUGACGUUAUAGCUAUCCCACCUCGCACAGCAAUGCUGCCUGUCUAGGGGGCUAUGAGCACCAUGUGUGAAGUGCUAAAAGGUUUGUUUUUAGAAACAAUGCGCACAGGAAUAAAAGUUGGUCUAAUUUACUCAAUUCGACUACAGUGAGACGGACCCCGGUUUUCUUGGCUAUUGACAUUGUUUUGUUCACAAACAAGGUUUCUUUUUAAUGUUGGAGUUUACUUCCACUGCUAGCAAAAACAGACAUUGUCGGAUUCUACUAGUGAGAUUCUCACAGGCACACAUGACUUGAGUGGCCCUGUUACCAAGGUAACCUUAAAUGGGCAGCAGAAUUUUUUUUCUGUUAUUUUGGUUCAAAGGUCACAGAAUAUUAACUCAGUCAAUAUAUAACAUUCUUACUAGUAAUACAUUUGUUUUAGAAACAUUACUAAGCAUGCUCAUAGUUUUUUUUUUGUGUAAUUAUGCAAAGCUAUAUUUUGUCUGGUCAAAAAUGUGAGUGGCUAGUAGAUUUAAAAAUAAUAAUAUUUAUACCUGCCACAGUGGCUGGUAUACAGAAAAGUUUGUUUUAGGCCCUGGUUGGUAGUACCCAAAUUGCUAAUGACCUUCAGGUCACCAAUGGCCUGGUACUCAGGGCUCUAUUGUCCUUCUAUCCACUCUGACAUCAAUGCAAAUGCAGUUGAAAAUCACAAACACUUAUCUUCAAACCCGUAUUGUGCUUUUAAAACUCACCUCAGUGUGAUGAUCAAUUUGAAGAAAGAAUUUCAACAACAGGUUGAAACUGAGUGGAAAACAUGGUCGUCGUUUCAAAGCCCAACACAAUGAAAUGGACAGCACUUUCUAAGGUGAUGAUUAAUUCAAAGCAUACAUACACAUAUUCAAGCUUACGCAUAUGCAAGGCUAAAAAUGUUUAAAAGACCAAUUAAAAUGAUUGUGCCGUUAUACAAUAUAUAGCCUACCACAUAUUAUGCACGGCAGAAAAACAUAAAAGAAAACUGAUUUCAGAUGUAAUUGGUCUAGCCUACACUUCAAAAUUAAACAAAUUCUAGUAAUUGCC